AGUGCGGCAGGACCAUGUCGGCGAUGGGGACUCUCGCGUUCGAUGAGUACGGGCGGCCCUUCCUGAUCCUCAAGGACCAGGAUCGCAAGAGCCGCCUCAUGGGGCUGGAGGCGCUCAAGUCUCAUAUAAUGGCAGCAAAGGCUGUGUCAAAUACACUGAGAACAUCACUGGGGCCCAAUGGUCUUGAUAAAAUGAUGGUGGACAAGGAUGGUGAGGUGACUGUCACGAAUGAUGGCGCCACCAUUCUGAGUAUGAUGGAUGUGGAUCAUCAAAUAGCUAAACUUAUGGUAGAGUUGUCUAAAUCACAGGAUGAUGAGAUUGGGGAUGGAACUACAGGGGUUGUUGUUCUGGCUGGUGCAUUAUUGGAACAGGCUGAGCAGUUGUUAGAUCGCGGUAUUCACCCUAUGAGAAUAGCAGAUGGUUAUGAGCAGGCUGCACGCGUUGCCAUUGAGAAUCUAGACAAAAUCAGCGACAGUUUUCCACUUGAUCCACAGAACAGUGAACCUCUCAUCCAGACUGCAAAGACAACUCUAGGUUCUAAAGUAAUUAAUCGUUGCAAUAGACAAAUGGCAGAAAUCGCUGUAAAUGCUGUACUGACAGUGGCUGAUAUGGAACGCAAAGAUGUUGAUUUUGAGCUAAUCAAAGUACAAGGCAAAGUGGGAGGGAGACUGGAAGAUACCCAGUUGGUCAAAGGAGUGAUUGUGGAUAAAGAUUUCAGCCAUCCACAGAUGCCUAAAGAAGUUAAAGAUGCUAAAAUUGCAAUUCUCACUUGUCCAUUUGAGCCACCUAAGCCUAAAACCAAGCACAAGCUUGAUGUAACAUCUGUGGAAGAUUACAAGGCACUGCAGAAAUAUGAAAAGGAGAAAUUUGAAGAAAUGGUGAAACAGAUUAAAGACACUGGUGCAAACCUAGCUAUUUGCCAGUGGGGUUUUGAUGACGAGGCAAAUCACUUAUUGCUUCAGAAUGAGCUGCCUGCUGUUCGUUGGGUUGGUGGACCUGAAAUAGAAUUGAUUGCCAUUGCAACUGGAGGGCGCAUCGUUCCUCGUUUCUGCGAACUCACGUCUGAGAAACUAGGCUUCGCUGGCAUCGUCAGGGAGAUUUCAUUUGGAACAACAAAAGAUAAAAUGCUUGUUAUUGAGCAAUGUCAGAAUUCCAGAGCUGUGACCAUCUUCAUUAGAGGAGGAAAUAAGAUGAUUAUCGAAGAAGCAAAACGAUCUCUUCAUGAUGCCUUGUGUGUAAUCCGGAACCUGGUUCGUGAUAACCGCAUUGUGUAUGGAGGAGGUGCUGCUGAGAUCUCUUGUGCUUUGGCAGUUAGUGAAACAGCAGAUAAGUGCCCCUCCUUGGAACAGUAUGCUAUGAGGGCUUUUGCUGACGCCCUGGAAGUCAUUCCCAUAGCACUUUCUGAAAACAGUGGAAUGAAUCCCAUACAGACUAUGACUGAAGUGCGAGCUAGACAAGUGAAAGAAAACAAUCCUGCUCUUGGGAUCGAUUGUUUGCGCAAAGGAACAAAUGAUAUGAAGAAACAGCAUGUCAUAGAAACCUUAAUUGGUAAAAAGCAACAGAUUGCUCUGGCUACUCAGAUGGUUAGAAUGAUUUUAAAGAUUGAUGAUAUUCGUAGGCCAGGAGAAUCUGAAGAAUGAAGGCUGAAAGACAAGGAAUAAAAUGUAAUGGAGCCACUGCAGUAAGAAAAAUCAGUGGGAUCUCAACAGUUCAUCUUCAGCUAUUUAUUUCUUGACAACUUUUCUUUUUGUUUUAGAAGGUGUAACUGCUAGUUGUUUAAGACAAUAAAGUACCAUUUAGCAGUUGUGGCUCUAAGAGUUGUUUUGAGGCAUUAUUAUAUGUUCUUAUGUGUUUCCUAGCAAAUAUUCACAUCCUUUUAUGUUGACAUGUGUCAAGAAAGAUAGCUCAGAUGUUCUAGUGUUCAAAUUGUUUAUGACCCUUCAUCCAAUGUCCUGCAGGAGACUCCUUCUGUUGCCUGUAGGCAGAAUUUCUUACCAUUGCAUGUCCAAUGGUCUGGAUUCUCUAGCUCUUCAGUGCAACAGACUGGAAAUUCUGUGUCAAUUUAUGUAAAGUGUUUAAAAAUGAGUCUUGUAGGGUAUUAAAUAUGCAAAUGAACAAUCCAGUAAUCUUUGUUCACAUGUUAAUAAAUUUGAUUUUACACUGUCCCAUCCUCCCUAAUUUUCAGUUUGUUGCAGAAUUUUGUGUUAGUCGUAGCUGCAUUUUAGAAAUGUAGAAACUCCAGUCGUUUCAUUUUCCUCUAAAAUUGGACUACUUCAUUUGUUAUCUUUUUAUUUUGGCUCAGUUUCAGCAAAUCACUUAAAACUGCACUUAACUUUAGGAACUCGGUCUACUUGUGCUGAAAAUUAUGUAUGUUGAAGUGGUUUGCUGAAUAAAACUUCUUAUAUGCUCA